AGCCAACUACUACUCUCUCUCUCUCUCUCUCUCUUCUCUCUCCAUAUUAUCAAAUUUUAAAAGCAAAAAAAUAGAAAAGAAAAGGUUAAGCAUAGUUGAACAAUGAUUACUAAAUAAUAAAUUGUUUUAAAAAAUAGAAAAUAUAAAUAAGAAAGAAGAAGAAGAAGAAUCUAAUUUGGCCAUUUUGGGUCUUUGUUGUUCUUUGGUUAUUUUAUUUUUAUUUAAAAAAAUUAAUAUAAAAACGAUAUUUAAACUCACCGGAAAAACCGCAAAUAUUCUCACCGGAGCAUUCUCUGUGUUUGGUUACUCAGAAAGUGAAAAGGCUCUGAGAUUUUCUUUUCUUUUCUUUUUCUAUCUAGACUUUGCGUCUCUGUUACGCUUUUCGUCUCUUCUUGCUCUGAAAUGGGUUGUGCUGGAUCUUCACAGGCCAAAGGCGACGGGGCUGUGAAAAAGAUUCGGAAACCUAAACCUUGGAAGCAUCCACAGCCAAUAACAAAGACUCAGCUCAUGCAGUUGCGUGAAGAGUUUUGGGACACUGCUCCUCAUUAUGGUGGCAGGAAAGAGAUCUGGGAUGCACUACGAGCUGCCGCUGAAGCUGAUCUAACCCUUGCUCAAGCAAUUGUAGACAGUGCUGGUGUCAUUAUUCAAAGUGCCGAUUUGACGAUUUGUUAUGACGAAAGAGGUGCAAAAUAUGAGCUACCAAAGUAUGUUUUGAGUGAGCCAACCAACUUGAUUCGGGACGGUUAAAUAAUGGGGAGAGGACGUGCCAUAAUUUGGGCGCAAGAUUGAAUGUAAAUCCAUGUAUAUUAAUUCUCUUUCAUAUCUUUACUUUUUAUCAUCUUUUUCAUGCCUUUUGUACUCAAAUUUUUAAGAAAGUUUCCUGCUCUACAACUAAUUAGACAAUAACGUUUUUACAUUUGUUUUGGAUUUGUUCCCCAGUUCCUUUUUUUAGCAUAAACGAUUAUAGAUUAUAUCAGUUAAUAAGAGAUCAGAUUUUAUAUC